CAGAUUAUGGGUACGACGGCCAGCGCGGCACAGCAGGCAGUGUCGGCAUCCCCCCUGGAGAGCCGGGCGCCGGGAGACGGCAGCAUGGAGGACCAGCGCUCCCUCAGCAUCCACUCCUUCCAGACCCUGGGGCUCCACAACAGCAAGGCCAAGUCCAUCAUCACCAACAAAGUGGCGCCCGUGGUCAUCACGUACAACUGCAGGGAGGAGUUCCAGAUCCACGAUGACCUGCUGAAGGCCAACUACACGGUGGGACGCAUUUCUGAGGCCACGCUGGAGCACUACCUGGUGCAGGGGAAAUAUUUCAUGGUCAGGGAUGUAUAUGGAAAAUUAGAUGUCUUGAACACUACUGGCAGCUGCGGCGCUCCCAACUUCCGACAGGCGAAAGGAGGCUACGCCGUGUUCGGGAUGGGCCAACCCAGCCUCAAUGGCUUCAAGCUCGUGCUGCAGAAGCUGCAGAGAGAGGGCCACAGGGAGUGUGUCUUCUUCUGCGUCCGCGAGGAGCCUGUGGUCUUCCUGCGGUUGGAGGGGGACUUUGUGUCCUACACCCCCCGGGGCAAGGAGAACCUCCACGAGAACCUGCAGCGGGGAGUGCAGGCGGAGAGCCUGGAGCUGGCCAUCCGGAAGGAGAUCCACGACUUCGCGCAGCUGAGCGAGAGCGUCUAUUACGUGUACAACGACAUCGAGCGGCUGCGGGACGAGCCCCACGCGGUGCGGGUGCAGUGUGAGGAGGACAUCCAGGUGACAGAGGAGGUCUACCGCCGACCCAUCUUCCUCCAGCCCUCCUACAGCCUCCCCCACCUGCCUAAAACACCUCCCAGGGACAGGCUCCGGGUCAUCCAGGCCUUCAUCGAGAUGGUCCCCAAAGGCCAGCAGAUGGUCGAGGAGGUGGACAGUGCCAUCGCCUCCUGCUCGGAGAUGCACGACAUGAAGGAAGCCAUCUACGAGAACAAGAAGAAGCUGGAGGGGAUCGGGGAGGACUAUCAGAUCCAGGGGAGCAGCACCAAAGAGUAUUUCCUCCAGAGGACUUUACAGAGUCUUGAACGCUAUUUCUACUUGAUUGCUUUCAAUUACUACCUUCACGAGCAGUACCCCCUGGGCUUUGCCCUCAGCUUCAGCAGGUGGAUGUGCCGGCACCCGGAGCUGUACCGGCUGCAGGCGGGCAUGAACUGCUCGGAGCUCACCGUCACCGUGGACCUGGUCACCAAGGGCACACGAGUGCUGGUGGCAGAUGAGCGUUCCUGCCCGGAUGUGCUGAGCACUGCCAAGGAGAUGAGCGUGGCCAACUUCCGCCGGGUGCCCAAGAUGCCUGUCUACGGGACAGCACAGCCCAGCUCCAAGACCCUGGGCAGUGUCCUGCGGUACCUGACGGAUGCCAAGAGGAAGCACGCCCGCAUUGUCUGGAUCAACCUCCGGGAAGAAGCGGUCCUGGAGGGGAACGAGCAGAUCUACACACUGCGGGAGCCCGGGCACCUGGAGGAGCUGAUCCCUGUGCCCACUGCCUCACCCCAGCAGCUAGAGAAACUGGAGGCUGCCCUGAAGGGUGACCUGAUGAAGUGCCAGAAGUGGCUGGAGGUGUACCUGGAGGCAGAGAAGCAGAUGAAGAUGUUCAAGAGCUGCCUGACCACACAGGAGAUAUUCAGCCAGCAGAAGAAUUCCUGCCAGGGGCUCACCUACCGCCGCAUCCCCAUUCCUGACUUCUGUGCUCCCAAGGAGCAGGACUUUGACCGGCUGCUGGAGGUGAUGAAGAGCGCCCUGGCCGAGGACUCGCGGGCAGCCUUCGUGUUCAACUGCUGCAGCGGCCGGGGCAGGACCACCACGGCCAUGGUCAUGGCUGUGCUCACCCUCUGGCACUUCAACGGCAUCCCCGAGAUGAGCGAGGAGGAAAUCGUGAGCGUGCCUGAUGCCAAGUACACCAAAGGGGAGUUUGAGGUGGUGAUGAAGGUGGUCCAGCUCCUGCCUGACGGUCACCGGAUGAAGAAGGAGGUGGACAUGGCCCUGGACACGGUCAGUGAGACCAUGACGCCCAUGCACUACCACCUCCGGGAGAUCAUCAUCUGCACCUACCGGCAGGGAAAGUCGGGCAAGGAUGAGAAGGAGACACGGACGCUGCAGCUGAGGAGCCUGCAGUACCUGGAGCGCUACAUCUACCUGAUCCUCUUCAACGCCUACCUGCACCUGGAGAAGAAGGACUCCUGGCAGAGGCCCUUCAGCCUCUGGAUGCGCGAGGGCCUGGAGAGUGGGAAUACGGCCAAGGGGAUCUGA